UGUGAUGUGAUAAACAACACCUUCAGUUUCACGUCACUCCUUCACUACUCGAUCCCUCCCAAUAUAAUUCAUUGAUCAAUUUCUAUAAAUACCAAACCUUAACACCCACCACACCUUCAUCAUAUCAUAUCCAUUCUACCUAGCUUCAUUUCUCUUUCAUUUAAUUUCUUCUUAUUACUCUAUCUAUCUAUAUUCUCUAAAUAUGGUAGAUAAUAAUAAUAACAAUGUUAAUCUUCCACCCGGUUUUAGAUUUUAUCCCACAGAUGAAGAGCUUGUGGUCCAUUUUCUUCAUAGAAAGGCUUCUCUUUUACCUUGUCAUCCAGAUGUUAUCCCUGAUCUUGACCUCUAUCCAUUUGAUCCAUGGCAACUUCAAGGUAGAGCUUUGGAAGAGGGAAAUCAAUGGUACUAUUAUAGUAGAAGGACACAAAAUAGAAUGACUAACAAUGGUUAUUGGAUGCCAAUGGGAAUGGAAGAACAAGUUGUAACAAGCUCAAGCAAUAAGAGAGUUGGUAUGAAGAAAUAUUAUGUGUUCCAUAUUGGAGAAGCACCUAAUGGUAAUCAAACCAAUUGGAUAAUGCAAGAGUAUCGUCUAUCAGAUUCUGCUUCUUCCUCAACCAGAUCAUCAUCCAAAAGAAAAUCACAACCAAAAUCAUGGGUGAUAUGUCGAGUUUAUGAGCGUGAUGAAGAUGACCAAGAUGGAGAUGGGACAGAGCUAUCUUGUUUGGAUGAAGUUUUCUUGUCAUUGGAUGAUCUUGAUGAAGUAAGCUUGCCAAAUUAGAUGAUGCAAAUGCAAUGCAAUGCAAGUGAUCACAUACUAUAUAGUAUAUCUAGAGAGUUAAAUUAAAUUAGCUACAUUUUCCAAAUGGGAGAUAAAUAUCUAAGCUAAUUGUUGUCAUUAUUAAUAUCAUUUACUUGUUUUUGUUGUAGUAAUUAUUUAAAUUAAAUUAAAUCAAAUCCAAUAGCUACUACUUUAGCUUCCAUUGUAAUCAGUGAAGUUGCUAUAGCUAUAGAUUUCUAUGUAGCAGCCCUGCAAGUGGGGCACUAGAUAUGAAAUGAAGAAAUUCAUGACCAAACAAUAUGCAAUAUGACGUUAUGCUUUCAAAGA